AUGUCUGAGAGUGAAUUUUUGAAGAAGACAGUGACGGUGUCUCCACUCGUUCUUUUAUCUGUGGUGGAUCAUUUCAAUCGGGUAGCCAAAGAUACCAACAAGAGAGUGGUGGGUGUCAUUCUUGGUGAGACCCUGGCAGAUGGUACUAUCAUCAAUGUGACAAAUUCUUACGCUAUUCCUUUCGAGGAGGACGAGAAGAACCCCUCAGUUUGGUUUUUGGAUCAUAACUACAUUGAUGCCAUGGGUGACAUGUUUCGGAAAAUUAAUGCUCGUGAACAAUUGGUUGGGUGGUAUCACCUGGGUCCCAAAUUACGUCCACUGGACUUGAAAAUCAAUGAAAUGUUCAAAAAAUAUACUUCUAACCCAUUGCUCUUGAUUGUCGACGUUGAGCCAAGGGAGCUGGUGGGUAUACCCACGGAUGCCUAUUUUGCUGUUGAAGACAUCAAAAACGAUGGUUCUGCUGCAGAGAAAACGUUUGUUCAUGUUCCAUCGCUAAUUGAGGCUGAAGAAGCCGAAGAAAUUGGCGUAGAACACUUAUUGCGCGAUAUUCGUGACCAGGCGGCUGGCAACUUAUCCUUGCGGGUAACCAACACCUAUAAUUCUCUUCUCGGAUUGCAUCAAAAGUUACGGGAAAUUGCUAAUUAUCUUGACAAGGUAUAUCAGAAGCAAUUGCCCAUCAACCACACAAUUCUUGGCAAAUUGCAAAAUGUGUUCAACUUGUUGCCAAAUUUGACUGAUAAUGCUCAGUUAGGGACAGGUUUCACCAUUAAGACUAAUGAUGAUUUGAUGUUAGUUUACAUCUCCACCUUGGUUCGCGCUAUCAUUGCUUUCCAUGAUCUUAUCGAGAAUAAGUUGGAAAACAAGAAGGCAGGUGAAGAGAAGCGUGGCGAAAACGAAAAGAUUGAAGGGGAGGAGAAGAAAGAAGAACCAUAG